AUGCCUUCAUUUCGCGAUGAUCAUAUCGUUGUAAUACAAGUAGGAUCCUUGUAUCAUCGUGCUGUCCUUGGGCUUGGUGAAUCAAUAGGACCACCCACGGUUCGCGUGCGUACCAGAGUUGGAAAGAAUGAAGAAGGAGAUUAUAUUUUUGGCAAUCAGAAAGAGGAAGACGUAAAACAGGAGGAAAGUCCAAAAGAAGAGGGAUCAAAGCAAAGCGAACAAAUUUUGGAAAAACCAGAAUCUCAGGAUCAAGACUCGUCAAAUUACAAGAAUGAGCUUGGGGAAGAUAACCAGAAGGACGAAUUUAGUCCCUCUUUUCAAUCUGAAUGUAAUGCUGAAGACUGGAAACCUCUUCCAAAUGAGAUUCAGCCCAUACAAAAAGGAUGUGUUGUCGAUUGGGAUGCAUUGAGAGCAUUCUGGAAGCACUUUUAUUCUAUAAUUCUCAAUACGUCAACGGAAGCUAUUUCGCAGUAUCCUAUAUGCCUAUUAAUACCAACAUACUGGUCCUCUUACGAUCGAGAGGUUGCAACCCAAUUCUUUUUUGAAGAGCUACGUGUGCCAGCUUUUACAAUUGGUUAUGAAUCACUCAUGGGGCUAUACGCAAUUGGCGUUUUACAUGGACUUGUAAUUGAUGUUGGCUUUGAAAAAACAGACAUUACUCCAAUUUUAGACGGCCAGAUCCUUUUUCCCGCGACACAACAAAUUCCACUGGGUGGACGAAGUAUGACUUUACAUAUGCAGAAAUUGAUGCAAGAAUCUUUACCAACUCUGCAAGCAACAGGGAAACAUGUAGAUCCAGAACAUAUCACUGAACUGCUUGCGGAACAAGUCAAGUGCAGCGAGAUUACCCAAAUUAUGCGGGAGGAGCAAGAUGCAUCCAAAGAAAAAUCAAAGCGAGAAGACGAAUCUAAUACAAACAAGGAUGACGAAGGUGUUGAAGAUAUUGGAAAGAUUGUAGCUACUGGCCAAACAAGAGCGUAUCUUGCUCGGAAAGAAGAAGAGCGAAAGGGAAAUAAUUCACAAAGAAAAAUUCCCGAAAAUAGUGAGGUUGAAUUUCAAACCAUAAAUCUCUCACCCAUUGGGGAUUGUAUUGUCGGCAGGGAACGUUUUAAAGCAUGCCAGGAACUUUUCCACCGCCCUUCAAACCACAGUGUCAGUUUGCCAGAAGCUGUUUAUCUGACAAUUAAACACAACAGUGUCGAUUAUAAUCGCCGAAAUGACUUAUGGGAGAACAUCAUUGUAAUGGGUUGCGGAUCUCGCGUUCGGGGGUUCCGGGAAGCGCUCGUUCAGCAACUUCAGUUUAAGUAUCAAUUAACAGGGAAGUUGGAGCCAUACUAUGUUGCACAAGGUACAGACUCCCUUAUCGGUAUGACUACAAAUCCUCCGACACCCUAUCCGCCGCUCAUCAAUCCCUGCAAAACUUUGCCAGAUUACUUUCCUUCCUGGAAACCAGAUGCCAAUACCAACGCCAUGUUUGAAGAAUUGGCAUUUUUGGGAGGUAGUAUUGUCGCUAAGACGUCCUUUAAUGAGUCUGUUGCCUCACAUUAUGUUACGUUUGAUGAAUAUGUUCAGAGUGGACCUACCGAAAUACAUAGUAAGCAAUAA